AUGGCCUCUUCCACUGUUGUCCUUGUCCCCGGUGCCUGGCAUCAGCCGUCCUGCAUGCGCCAGCUGCAGGACGAACUGACCAGCCGGGGGAUAAACGCCACAACAGUUGCUCACCCGUCCAUUGGCAACACCUCUCCGCCACUGAAGACCAUGGUGGAUGACAGGGCGAGCCUGCACGCCGUCAUCGAGGAACUCGCGGAUAAGGGCCACUACGUGACUGUGGUAGCUCAUUCAUAUGGCGGUGCAGUUGCGUCGGGCGCAGCUGAAGGGUUGGGCGUCGCCGAGCGACGUGCGGCCGGAAAGGCAGGUGGGAUUGUUAUGAUCGUAUACCUUGUAGCCUUUGUCGUCCCCAAGGGCCAAACCCUUCUCGGGUAUUUUGGUGGAGUCGCCCCUUCCUUCUGGGAAUUCAAGGGUGACCUUAUCUAUGCCAACAAUCCCGCCAUCAGCGAUCCGGCCAACCUCUUCUACAAUGACCUCCCCAGCGACGUACAAGAUUACUGGAUCUCUCAACUUCUUCCCAUGGCAGCAGCGUGUUCCCAAGUUCCCAACACUUAUGAGCCGUGGAAUUAUAUCCCAUGUACUUAUAUCCAAGCGAAGCAGGACCAAGCUCUGCCACUGGAGAUGCAGGAGAAAAUGAUCGCCACUAUGGGGUCCGUUACGAACCUGACCCUGGACUCUUCUCAUUCGCCCUUCUUAAGCAUGCCCCGUGAUGUUGCCGUGCUGGUCCAACAAGCAGUUAAGGAGGGGUUGGCAAAGGCGCCUGGUGUUAGUAUUCUUACCGCGUAA